ACGUGUCCUUCUUUCUCUCAUCUGUUCACUCGAAACGAUCUCCUCAGUGUUAAACUGUAACCACCGCCGUCGGCGCUCGACGGAAUCCGGAAAUCCGUCCUCAGUCAACCGAAAUCUGUAAUCAAUCCACUCCCGAUCAAUUUCUCCCCCUUUGCAACUGCUGGUCGGUCAACGAGAGUGAUGAUCGUGGCGCUUCUCGAAUUCGACUGAGCGGAAAGGUCCCGAGUCGACUAGGCAAAACAAGAAGAACCCAGAGAUGAGGGCGUUGAGGUAUAAGUUCUGGAGAUCUUGCGAGGACAAGGGAAACGCUGGAGGGGAAUCGGAAGGAACCGGGGGAAAUGAAGGCGAGAGCUCUGAUCAAUUCGAUCAUGAAAUUGUGCAGCUGACGAAGCUUAGGUCAGCGCCGCACGAACGCUUAAGUCGAGAAACCCCGAAGGUGGGCGGAAGGUCCAGAGCGUCAUCCGUCUCCACCUUGAAGAUGUUGGCCGGCCGGGAGGCCAAUUGCUCUGGAAGAGGGAGAUUCUCAACGGCCGAUGGUUGCCAUGUGUUGAGCCGGUAUUUGCCCGUGAAUACUCCUGUGGAGGUUGACAACACGAGGAGCCGGGCUUAUGUGUCUCAAUUCUCGGCGGAUGGAUCGCUUUUCAUCGCAGGGUUUCAGGGGAGUCACAUUAGGAUAUACAACGUGGAGAAGGAUUGGCAAGUUCAUAAGAAUAUUCUGGCCAAAAGCUUGCGGUGGACGAUUACUGAUACUUGUCUUUCCCCUGAUCAGCGGUUUCUUGUGUAUGCAAGCCUGUCGCCUAUUGUACAUAUUGUUGAUGUUGGUUCUUCCACAACCGAGUCGCUUGCAAAUGUAACGGAAAUCCAUGAUGGUUUGGAUUUUUCCAGCUAUGAUAAUGAGGAUGAUGAUGAAUUCGGGAUCUUCUCUAUAAAAUUUUCAACUGAUGGCAGGGAGCUGGUCGCAGCAACUAGUGAUGAUUCAAUAUAUGUUUAUGACCUUCAAGCCAACACUCGAACCCUCCACAUUCCUGCCCACCAGGCUGAUGUAAAUACAGUAUGCUUUGCUGAUGAAACUGGCCAUGUUAUUUACUCUGGAAGUGAUGACCACUUAUGCAAGGUUUGGGACAGACGAUGCUUUAACGACAGAGGGCAGGCAGCAGCAGGAGUAUUGGUGGGGCAUCUGGAAGGUGUCACAUUCAUAGAUAGCCGUGGAGAUGGACGUUAUUUGAUAUCGAAUGGGAAGGAUCAGACCACAAAGCUAUGGGAUAUAAGGAAGAUGACUUCAAAUGCCACAAACUAUCCAAGAAUAAGAGAUCCGGACUGGGAUUACAGAUGGAUGGAAUACCCACCUCAUGCUAAAACGAUGAAGCAUCCUCGUGAUAUGUCCCUGACUACUUACAGUGGUCAUUCGGUCCUUCGCACCCUUAUUCGCUGUUACUUCUCGCCUGAGUACAGCACCGGCAGGAAGUACAUCUUCACAGGGUCGAGUGACUGUUGUGUUUACAUUUAUGACUUGGUGAGUGGAGCUCAAGUGGGUUGCCUGGAUUAUCAUGAAGGACCUGUGAGGGAUGUUAGCUGGCACCCCGUCUACCCGAUGCUCGUCAGCUCCUCGUGGGAUGGCCGCAUCGCGAAAUGGGAGUUUCCUGGCCCCGAUGAGGAGUUGAAUCCAUCUGCAGUCAUACGGAAGAAGAGAACUAUUCGCCAGCAUUUUCUAUACUGAGUGAGGAGAAGGAAGAGAGCCAUGUUCUUGUGAGGGCACUCAAAUGGCUGAUGUAUUACCUAAAGAAGGAUCUCAUAGUUGUCAUGUGUAUGUAUGUAAACAGAAGAUGAAUAAAAAGGUUCAGUGAAACUGUUGUGAAGUAGCUGCUCUGAAUUCUUUGAAAGUUGUAAGAUAAGUUUCUUUCUUUCUCUAUCAGUACCCUUUUUCCCAAAACUUUUGUUUGGUACUUCUGAGUUUUUUCUCACAAUUCUUAAUGGGAAUAUUAAUGAUGUAUGUAUAUAAUAUAUUGGCUUAGUUUGAAUCCUUGUUUUGCGAUCUUCUGAUUAUGAUUUUCCAUUGUUGUGAUAGAGUGAAUAUCCGAACAUUAUGUGAAUUACAUGUAAUUCAAAAUCAUGAUUUCAAAUACAUGCACAAGCACACAUAAUCAAUUAAUCAAAAUACCCUUGUUAAUAUUCAAAGCUGACAUGGGCGAAAGGCUUUCUCCUUGUAGUAGCUACUCGACUCAGCCAACAACAACAUAUUUAGACACCCCCUUUCACUAUAAGGCAUCAAAUAAACAAGAGACCCCCUUUUUUCUUCCAACUUGAUUCUCAGAUACUGAUGUCCAUAGAUUCUAUUCUAAAACUGGUAAUGCCACCACCCUUCCGGUUUCUUGACUGCUUUUGGCCAUUAUUAUCUUGCAACAAUUUCUGAUAUUCAGCUUUAUAAACAGAUUGAUCAUCAUGUGUGUAUUUACUUUUGUCCCAUACAUACAUGAAGGUAACACCAGUCUGCAGAAUUUGCUUUUUCUUGGCAGCAAUUGGAAGGGAUAGCAGGAUAUACCAACUUUCUGGGUUUUUGGGAUUCUGGGUUCAGCUGGAAAAGAUGGAACUCCUGGGUUGUGGUCAUAGUAUUGAGUAUGGAUGGUACUUGUUGGAGAUGCUGUGGUAGAGGGGAAACCGCGGCGGGUUCUUUUGGAUACUGAUUUUGACACUGAUUAUUUCUUUGCUCUACUGUACCUCUCGAAGCUAAACCAAUCAGAUUUGUAAUCCUUGCUCAAUAAGGAUUUGGACAAUGGUUGUUAUACGGGGUUUUAUUUUUCUCCAUUGUGUUUUCAGGUUAUUCAUUCAUGAAUUCCAGUCAGUCUUGUGCCUUUGGAUGCAACAAACGCGAUUCCAGCAUAUAAGGAGUUCUUUGAGGUGUUUGAACAGAGACGAGACACGUACAAGGCACAGUACUGCUUCAAAUCCUAGAAAAUGGCCUGGGACACUUGGUUGGAUAAUCAAUUCUACUUAGUAAUUCAUCUUCUAGUUCCAAUCCCACUUCAAAAUGAAAAGAAGGAAUGUUGGUUGAGACAAUGACUCUAUGUUUCAGCUACUUCAUGUGGGACUCUUUCAUAUCUGCUGUGGCAGCUUCCAUCCUGCUGCAAAAUCCACAUAAAAGCAAACUUGGGGAGAAUGAGUUCGUAGAGAUGAGUACAUAAACAUAACUGUGGUGACCUCAAAUCAACCUUAUGGAAUCAAUGAUGGAUCCAAUCCAGCUUUAUGAUGGAUGUCAAGUUCCAAAAUGGUCUGCAGAAAGGUGGGAUUCAUAGUGGACAUGUCCAGACAAGCCCCGGAGAUUCGUUCUGCAUAGUGAAGAAUGACAAAGGCAAAAUCCAGGUAAAAAAUGACUGCAUCUCCUUCACAAAUUUGUUCCCCAAUUCUUCUGGGACAUAUAGGAUGACUACACAAAGGAUACUGCAGGUCUAGAUUCAGUACAAGUUCUUGUUGCUACAAGAGCAAAGGCUAGUGGAGAUCCAAGUAGCAUGUUCUACUAGUGAAACCCAUCAAUGUCCUUGCUGGAGGUGAUGAAUCCACUGAUGGACAAACAGUGAUCGAUGAAGUGAAGGAAAAUUAGCCAAAGUGAAACUUAUAGAGCCAUGUGCAUAUUACGAAGCUUUUGUGAAUCAACUAGGAGAACAGAAGCAAUCUGCUGUCAUAGGAAGCUUUGAGGAGCAAAAAGAAUCUGGAAAACAGGCCUCCAAAGUAACACAAGUUUUCAUGUGUAAAAUACUGGACUUGGACCAGACUUUUCGACACACGGAAGUUUGAUUUUAUAUCUGUACUUUGCCCUAUUCAAAGGAAACAGAGUACAGUUCAUAGAGAAAGGUGAUUGUAAAGUGUGCUACUCCUAGCUAUCUCGGUCUUAUGAAUAUUCGAAAAACUAGUGAGUGAAAUCGAUUCGGACUUAUAAUCUUCUGAAAAUAAUAAGUUGUAAGAAUCGAA